AUGGCCUCCGAGUUCAUCGGUUACACGGUUCUGGUCACUCUGAAAACACCUCCAAACGCACAAAUUCAGGGGACGGUGGCUAAUGUCGUUGGGCAGCGACUGACACUUCAGGAUGUGACACUGUUGUGGAACGGUCAGCGAUUUCCAAUCUACCAUAUCGAUGCCCCAGGGAUAGCGGACUUGGAGGUGUCAAGCAGUCAACCGCAACGAAACGAGCCGGCAUCUGAUCGCAUUCACACCACUUCUAUUGUCAAGCAGAAUGAGAAUCUUCCCCAGGUCCAGAAGGCUCCGUUGCAGGAGCCGCAAGUGUUGCAAUCAAGUCAACCAGUUGCUGCUGAGGCUGCCCAACAAACACCCUAUCAACCUUUUAUCGAUCCCGCAAUCCUGAGUUUCUCCAAGCCUGUUCCGAAGUCUAACCCCCCAACUGCCCCUUUGGCAACGCCUGUGACUAUAGGAAGUUCCAGUGGCUCUUCUCAAGCAACUCAGACACUUUCGACCCCUUCCAAGCCCACCUAUCCUUCGCGAACCUCCGAAUCUCAUGAUUCUGCAGUGGCCGCAGUUUUGACCGAACCGUUCAGUAACAUCAACUUGAAGGAGGAAACAAAAGCGGAAGACAAGUCGGAUUAUGUACAAGAAGAAGGCUCUGUACCUGAGGGAAGGAAGGGAGCGGCGCCACUAGAAACACCCGUCAAAUACACGGGUAAAAGAAGCCGGCGUGGAGGGAGAAAUAAAGGGCAAAAAGAGGGUAGUACUCCGUUCGAUACGAUAAACGAGAAUGAAGCUCUUCCGGGUCCAAACUUGAAGGGAAAUGGCUGGCGACAGACAGCGUUUGUGGAGCCAAUGCUGGAUGCUGGAAAGCGUCGAAAGGCAAGGAAUCGCAAAUCAUAUGCUGAAGAUACCAACGGAUGGGCAACCGAAGACGCGACCGAUAUCCAGGAAAUGGGCGAUUUCGAUUUCCAGGGUAACCUAUCGAAGUUCGACAAGAGACGUGUUUUCGAUGAAAUUCGCAAUGACGACACGACCGCAGAUGAGGAGCGCUUGGUGAGCUUCAACAAACGGCCGCCGAGGCCAGGGACGAACGGCGGCAAAAACCUCCACUGGUCGGAGAAUGUCCUAGACAGUCCGACGAAAUGGAACAGCGAAGCUGGUGAGACCGAUAGCGAAACGAGCGAUGACAAUGGAAACUAUUCGGGACGCGAUCGGUCCAGAGCCUCAACACGAGCCCAGUCGUCGAGGAAGGGCAGCGUCCUAGGCCAGAGCUCGAUAACCACACAGUAUGUUUCUGUUGGUCGUACUCAAAAUUCCCGGAACGUGAGUCCGCUCCCCCGCAAACAGUCUACGUCGGCCUCGCCGAUGAAUGGACCCGUCGGAGCAACUGCCGGCUCCUUGCGAUUGACAACUACGAACCGAAGCUGUCCGACUGUCAGCCCAUUGCAGAUGCUCGAGGUUGAGCAAUUAGCUGUUGCAGAGCUUGGUCUGAGCGAAGAUAUGAUUAUUGAAAACGCUGGAAGAGGCAUAGCAGAGGCAGCUGUCGCCCAACUCUCCAGCGACAGUGCAGCACCGACCGUGCUUGUUCUCACUGGUAACCACCGGACUGGAGGAAGGGCCAUCUCUGCGGCUCGUCAUCUCCGCAACCGAGGGCAUCGAGUGACCCUUUGCGUCCUGGGCCUCGAGCACGAGACGGAACUGUUGGAAAGUUGUCGCAAGCAACUGGAGAUUUUUAAGAAAAUGGGAGGUCGUGUUUUCCGAUGGGAGGAACUUUCAGCACGCCUUUCGACGUCGGAUUUCACUGCAGAUCUGGUCGUGGAUGCGCUGUUUGGGAUGCAUAUCGCAUUCGAAGAUCUGCGGACUGGUGAUCAGGCCACGGUAUUUGAGAUGAUCUCCUGGGUCAACAGGAGCAACCUUGAUGUCAUAUCGGUCGAUAUUCCCUCAGGAAUUUCGGCUUCAAGUGGUGAUGUGACCAUUGUCCAAGGGGCGCGUCUUUGCGUCAAUUCCAAGUCCGUCAUCUGCCUUGGGGCACCCAAGACCGGGGUCAUGCAAGCAUUGCAGUCUGGAGAAGGCAGUUCCUGGCAGCUGGCCGUGGCCGAUAUUGGCAUCAGCCAAGUUGUGUGGAGGAAAUAUGGAACUCGCCGCCGUCACGGAGUCGAUUUUGGGAAUCGCUGGGUCGUGCCGUUGCGAUACCAACCCGCGGCGAACAAUAAUAACACUCCGUAUAUACAUCAUCUGCCUGUGGACCCUCACAUGCGUAUUCCCGAAACGGCUAGCGUGUCGCGACUCGCGCGCCAAAAAGCCGACCAGAAUCUCAACUGCAUAUACCCCGAAAAAAAAAGACUGGGAAUAAUGGGGAAAGGAACGGAUAAGCUUUACAUAACCCAUUCCGAAUGGGCGUCUGAGGAUGCGUACUCGGCCAGCGUUGGCGCUGGUGUCGCAAAGGCCAGAAAGGGCAAAGUCGACGCCUCGUUCAAGCGUCUUCCGUUCAACUACUGCGCGCUCUCCCUCCAGCCGUUCACGCACCCGGUGUGCACGCCGACGGGGACGAUCUUCGAACUGACGAAUAUCCUGCCCUGGCUGAAGAAGCAUGGCACGAACCCGGUGGACGGGACGCCGCUCAAGAGCUCCGAUCUGAUCAAGCUCAAUUUCGCGAAGAACGACGCGGGCGAGUACGUCGACCCGGUGACGUUCAAGGCCUUCUCGGACAACACGCACAUCGUCGCGUUGCGCCCGUCCGGAAAUGUCUUCGCGUGGGAUACGAUCGAGCGGCUCAACAUCAAGCCCAAGAUGUGGCGCGAUCUGGUGUCGGACCAGGAAUUCGGCCGCAAGGACAUCAUCACCCUGCAGGAUCCGCAGAACGUCGAGUCCCGGAAUCUCAGCUCGUUCAAGUAUCUGAAGGAUGGCGAGAGUGGGUUGACGGAGGAGCAGCUGCGGGAACGGAACGACCCGGCCAAUAAUCUGAAUCUUGAUGCCAUGGGCAGUUCGGCGAAGAUCAUCAAGGCGAAGGAGGCGGUCGCGCGAGCCCGAGCGGAGAGGAAUGCACAGCAAGCGAGCAAGGACCAGAAGCCGCAGACGUCGAAAGCUGUCUCGCAGCAGCAGCAGCAGCAGCAACAACAACAGCAGUCAUUCGGCCCGACUGCUUCAAGUCAGUCAGGGAAACCGGUUCCCUACAACGCCGCCAGACAUACGACCGGAAUGACAGCAGCAUCCUUCACGAGUACUGGCCUGACACCUCGCACGGCCACCGAGCUCGCCCUGCUCACGGACGAACAGUACAUGCUGAAACGGGGCAGGGUGAAGAUCAAAGGCUACGCGCGGAUAUCGACGACACUGGGGGAUUUGAAUCUGGAAUUACACACGGAAUACGCACCUAAAGCGGUGUGGAAUUUUAUCCAUCUGGCGAAGAAGGGUUACUACAAGGAUGUCAUCUUCCAUCGGAAUAUCAAGGGGUUUAUGAUCCAGGGCGGCGAUCCUACGGGGACGGGCAGAGGCGGCCAGAGCAUCUGGGGGAAGAACUUUGAAGACGAGUUCGAGGGGCCACUGAAGCACGAUGCCCGGGGAACCGUCAGCAUGGCGAACAAGGGCAAGAAUACCAACAGCAGUCAAUUUUUCAUUGCAUACCGAGCCCUCCCUCACCUCAACAACAAACACACCAUUUUCGGCCGUCUGAUCGACGAUCCCACACCGUCAUCGAAGACCUUGGACGCGAUGGAGCUUGAUCCCGUCGACCCAGCCACAAACAGGCCCAAGACGGACAUUCGGAUCAAAGACGUGACCGUCUUCGUUGACCCGUUCGAAGAGUUCAUGAAGCAGCGCCAAGAAGCAGAAGAAGCAGAAGCGCAACAAAAAGCGAAGAAAGCCGGCGAUAGCAAAGACGGUGGUGUGGACGACGACCAUAUCACCUGGACAGGGAAGCGCGUGCGAGGCUUGUUCGACGACAGUAAUAAGAAAGCGUCUGAUACAGGCGGCGUGGGCAAGUAUCUCAAAGCAGCCCUGGCGGAUCAACAGGCUGCUGCUGCUGCUCGCGGUGGAGAGGAAGAUGAGAUUGUCGAAUAUGUCGACGACGAGCCAGAACCAGAGCAUGUGCGGAAGAAACUGAAAGCGGCAGCAGGACGAAGACCGGGCGAAUUUGGCAAUUUUGACAGCUGGUAG